CAAACGAGUGAGGUGUGUUGUCGCCGGACUUGUUUUUCACCUGACAGAACAAGUGCGCCUAUUAGUGUCACGGUGAAUAAAAGUGUUUAUAUUAGUGCGUUUACUAGAAACAUUCAGUUCGACGACCACUGUUUCCACCUACCGCGUUUCAAGCGUGCUGCUAAGUGUUCGAAUCGAUAUCAACAAAGAAUGCGUUGUGUGUAUUAGUGUGAAAUGGAUAUCUGUCCGGUUUUACUAUUGACCUAUAGUUUUUACACGGUAAUACGUUUAUUUUAGGCUAACUAAUUAAUUUUUUCUACGUUUUGAAAACUGGACCUGCAUAGGCCUACUCCGUAUAGAGUAGAUCGGUACAUUAUGGUAAGCUAAUAUUGACCUAAACCAGUGUCAUAAGCCUUGUAAAAUCAUCAAUUCAUCUACAAAUAGGGCAAAAUCACCUAUUCAUCUACAAAUAGGUUAAUAAAUUUUGUAAAUUUACAAACAAGUGUACGAUUCUGUGAUCAAGUAACUAUCGAUAUUGCACGGAUAACAAAUUGUCCACAAUCAGGUGGGAUUUAGUGAGAAGAAGCUCCCAAAGGUUAAAACAAUCCAAAUAAAGCGAUAUAAUAGUGAAGUGUGCUGGAGCCGUCCAAACCGGUUCCACAGCCUCUAGUCGUUGAACCCCAUUAGAUAAGUACAAACCGAUCUUCGUGAUAGUGCAGUGAUUGUGAAGUGAUUUUGUUUAUCUUCUAAAACGCCAGGUUGCAGGGAUCCCACAUUGCUGUUUUUAAAGGAUGCUCGGGGGCUGAGCCGUGGAGGGCGGACCAUGGGCCUCGUGCUCGUCCUAAUGCUGGCCGGGGUCUCCGUCGUCGCCGCCGAGCAAGUCGUGUUGCUGGACACGGCCACGGAGCCCACGCUGGAAUGGACACGUUAUCCCUUCGGUCCUGCCGCUACAACGCCUGGGUGGGUGGAGGAGAGUUACACCAACUUCGAGAAAGGCAUCAACUGGAGAUCCUACGUGGUCUGCGACGUGGCCUACAACAACGUCAACAACUGGCUGUGGACGCCCUUCGUCGAGAGAGGCGCAGCUAACCGCAUCUACAUAGAGAUCAAGUUCACCAUCAGGGACUGCUCGUUGUUCCCGGGCAACGCGCUAUCCUGCAAGGAGACGUUCUCGUUGUUGUACUACGAGUUCGACGCGGCGACGAGGGAACCUCCUCCCUGGGAGCCGGAGAGCUACAAACUCAUAGGUCGCAUUGCUGCUGGGGAGGGAAGGUUCAACACGGCCACAGACAAUAUCAUCAACACUGAGACCAAGUCCAUCCCUGUCAACAAGAAGGGGGUCUACUUCGCCUUCAGGGACCAAGGCGCCUGCAUAUCCCUUCUGGCCAUCAAGGUGUACUACAUCACGUGUCCCGAGGUGACCAUCAACUUUGCACAUUUCCCGUCCACACCAACCGGUCGAGAAGUCACCCUCAUAGAGCAAACUACAGGAACGUGUGUUGAUAAUGCGGAGGUUAUCGACACGCCCACCUACCUGUGCAAAGGAGAUGGGAAGUGGUCUCUUCCUACCGGAGGCUGCAAAUGCAAGGCAGGGUUUGAACCGGACUUUGAGAAGCAAACGUGUAAUGUUUGUCCCCCUGGCAAGUACAAGCACAAGACUGGAGAUGAACACUGUCAGCCAUGUCCGGCCCACAGUAAAGCCUCGGACUACGGUCUGGCCGAGUGUAGAUGCAACUCCGGGUACUACCGAUCACCCAAGGACCCCAAGAGCUCUCCGUGCACCCAGCCGCCGUCAGCGCCACAGAACUUGACGGUGAAUUUUGUCGACCAGUCUACGGUGAUUCUGUCAUGGACUUCUCCUAGUUUCCUCGGAGGUCGCUCAGACACGGUGUACAGAGUCGAGUGUGAUGCCUGCGGUCCUAGUGUCAUCUACUCUCCAACUACGGACAUAUUCAAUGACACCAAGAUAACAAUAUCGGGACUGAGCCCUGUGACGACGUAUCGGUUCCAAGUUUUCUCCGCGAACGGUGUGAGUGACAUGACCAAUGAGCCGGGAGAGUACGUGGACAUCACAGUUACGACAGAAGCCUCCGUCAUGUCUGCGACUGUUAACAACGUCAGAACUACAUCCGUCAAGGCUUCUGAGAUUACACUUACGUGGGACCCUCCGUUCACACCUGACUCUGACAUGGACUCUCCGGACCACGUGGAGAUGUAUGAGGUGCGAUGUUUCUCACGACAUGAGGAGAUCAACGCCACCAGCAAGAUGACGACAGAGAACCGCAUCUCAUUCACCGGACUGAGGCAACGGACGGAGUACGGCUUCCAAGUGAGAGCCAAGACAACUCACGGCUGGGGAGACUUUAGUCCAACUGUCUUCAAGACAACGGGUCAAGUUUUGGGCACAGCUUACAUCGGAGAUGAAGACAACAUGCAAGUUAGAAUCAUCGCAGGAGCCACUGUAGCCGUCGUUGUCCUCUUGGUCAUCAUAAUCAUCAUGGCAGUGCUCUUCUUGAGAAGUCGAACCAAUGAUGAAUGCAACAAGAAGCAACCUAGUGAUUGUGACACUUUAGAAUAUCGAAACGGAGAAGUGCACUGCAGUCUGGAUAGCCCACCCAUAGUACCCACCCAUACGAGCAGCAUGACGACACCACUCUUUACCCAAGUCGGGGCUACAAACUCCCGGACAUACAUCGAUCCUCACACUUAUGAAGACCCGAACCAGGCUGUACGAGAGUUCGCGAGAGAGAUCGACGCCUCCUAUAUCACCAUUGAAGCUAUUAUUGGUGGUGGAGAGUUCGGUGAUGUAUGCCGAGGUAAACUCAAGCUGCCGCCUGACGGUCGAACAGAAAUCGAUGUUGCAAUAAAAACUCUCAAGCCUGGCUCGGCGGACAAAGCUCGCAAUGACUUCCUGACGGAAGCUUCCAUCAUGGGACAGUUCGAGCAUCCCAACGUCAUCUUCCUGCAGGGAGUCGUCACCAAGAGCAACCCUGUGAUGAUCAUCACGGAGUACAUGGAAAACGGCUCCUUGGACACGUUCCUCAGGGCUAACGAUGGCAAGUUCCAAGUGCUACAGUUGGUAGGGAUGCUGCGAGGAAUUGCGUCAGGGAUGCAAUAUCUCUCGGAGAUGAACUACGUCCAUAGAGACUUGGCGGCCAGAAACGUCCUGGUCAAUGCCCAACUAGUCUGUAAAAUAGCUGAUUUCGGAUUAAGUAGAGAAAUAGAAAGUACUACGGAAGGAGCCUACACGACAAGAGGAGGCAAAAUCCCUGUCAGAUGGACGGCUCCCGAAGCAAUCGCUUUCCGGAAGUUCACAUCUGCCUCGGACGUUUGGUCGUUUGGUAUUGUUUGUUGGGAGGUGAUGUCCUACGGAGAACGACCUUACUGGAAUUGGAGCAACCAAGAUGUCAUCAAAUCUAUUGAGAAGGGUUAUAGGUUACCAGCACCUAUGGAUUGUCCAGAAGCUAUUUACCAGCUGAUGUUGGACAGCUGGCAGAAAGAGAGAACACAUCGGCCCAGCUUUGCGUCUAUAGUGAAGACAUUGGACAAGCUGAUACGGUGUCCGGAUACGUUGCGCAAGAUCGCUCAAAACAGGACGGCCAACCCGCUAGCACCAGACGCGCCGGACAUGACUCAGUUCACAUCAGUCAGUGAUUGGCUCACGUCUAUCAAGAUGGCGCGUUACCUCGAGAACUUUGAGCGCGCCGGGAUCACGAGUAUGGAGGCAGUGGUGCAGUUGACUGUGCAGGAACUAACUGCGCUUGGGAUCACGCUGGUCGGUCAUCAGAAGAAGAUAAUGAACAGCGUGCAAGCCAUGCGCGCACAGAUAUCCGCCAAUCUCUCGGAGGGAUUCCUCGUCUAGUCAACGGCGCCGCACCUACGUGGUGCGGUCCGUCACUCCCUCUACAACGACAUUUACGACUUGUAAAGACUGUUAAACAGUGAUUGUGUACGUGAACAUUCCAUGACGGAAGAGCAUUCCAUGUAUUGUAAUCGGAGCUCUUUAUAUUCGAGGUUUUAUGAAUGUGUACUGUGAUAAAGAUUCUGUAUAUUUUUUGUACAUUCGGCAGUACUUAACGGAAUUUUGUUUACUCUACGGCGUUUUGUGAUGUAAUUUAAUUUGUGUGAAACGACUUUGUUAAAUUUAUAAAUAUAUAAAUACGGUGUAUAUUAUAAACGAUUUUUUAUUGUGUUUUAGAAAAAUUGUAUAGAGCGAAAAUGAUUCCGUUUAGGAAGUGUAAUUACUCGUUAGUUUAGAUUAACUCGAUCAUUGGAUGUGUACGAUGUUUUAAUACCGAAAGCAAUAAUGUUUUGUAAUGUAAGUCGUAUGAUUUAAAACCUUAUUUAUUUGUAGACACUGUGUAAUCGAGCCAUUAAAAUUGAUUAACCCCAAUCUAAACCAGUACUUAACUUUGUAUAGGUAUUUUUAUACUUUAAUUUAUACUUUUUUAUUAAUUAUAGUCUGGAAAAUGUUUUAGUUGGAUCGACAAUGGUUAAAGUUACUAGAAACAUUGCCAUCAUUAAGUCUGAGUAUUAGUAUUUAGUGACAUUUUUAUUUUGAACCAACAUUUUUUGUUCUGUUUUGAAAUUUAUGUUAUAUGAGCCACUACUGUAUUCUACUUUAUAAAAAUGUUUAAUAUGACUUUAAAAGUAUUUCCUUUUGGUUUCAUUAAUAAUUUUCAAAACGAAUAGUCAAUGAUAAUUUUAAUUGUAUUCAAGCAUACUUUUGGAAGUAAAAAAGUUAGCUAUGAAAUCUAAGUUUAAUUUAAGUUAAAGCUAAGCAAAAAACCCCCACAACCUUCUCAAACAUGUGUAUUCUUAUUCAAUUGGAAUUAAUCCUAUAAAAAAAAACUUGUGUGAUGUUGAAAAGGUGUUUUUGUGAUUUAACUGUAAAAACUAAAUGUUUGCAUACUUUUUAAAGGCUAGAAAAUUUGUAAAUAAAUUAAUAACCUUGUUUUAGAUUUCAUAACCAAUUUCCAAAAUGUUCUCAGUACUGUUGCCUAAGCAAGGUUGGUUUAUGUUACUUACUUGAUUCUCAGAAAGAUUGUAUAGUUUGUGGUACAGUGGAACUUGGAUAAUUCGAACCUCAAGGGACCAGCUAAAAACUUCGAAUUAUCCAAAAAUUCGAAUUAAAUAAGUUCUUAUAACCAGGGCCGUAAACAAUAAAAACACGUUUUAAAUUCAAACUAUUAACUUUAUUGAUACUAUUUGAACAUUAAUUUAUUGAAUAAUGCCUAUUACAGUAAUAGUAUACAAUAAAAAUAACUUGCAAUCGCUCAAACGACAACGAAAUUAUGUACAAAACUAAAAUUAACUAACCUUAAAAUGUCCUCAGCAAUAGCUGAACUGCACGCAAACUUCACACGAUUACCAAUAGUCCAAAGCAAAAUAUUAAGCAAAAUAGAAUUUUAUGUUUAUUUUUUAAGUAAGUUGAUAAGGUGUUGGGUGGAAUUCCAAAGUCUUUCGCGAUUUCAGAUUUUUUCUUGACUCCUUUUUCCACUUCUUUGAUCACAGCGACUUUUUCAGCUAAUGUCAAAGUUUUAUAAGACCCUGGUUUUUUCGAUGAGGUUGAUGCCAUGAUCACUACACAGUUACACUCACUAAAAGUUAAUGUAUACAGUACAGUAGUGCAGUACGGUACGUUAAAACUACAGUACUGUACACGUAAUCACUUGAAACUAAAAGUCUAAGACAACAGCAAAACUACGUUAGGUAACGGCCUUCACGCAAACCGAUACAGACCACGCACAAUGCGACACUGAAAAGAGG